UGCGCCACAGACACCCACCCGCCCCAAACACAAGCGGAGCGUGCAUCAUGAACGGAUUUCACGGCUGACAUUUUAUAAGGACAGAACACACUGACUAAGAGAUAAAUGUAUGACGAACGCUGGUAAAAAUAAUUUUGUUAAAAAUAUAAGACCGAAAUGUUGCCCGAACACCAAACCGGAAAGCGAAGGAGGACGAAGCUGUGAGAACGGAUCUGUCCUACGAGGCUUGAAACCAUCACGGCGCUCCACGGGAGGAGCGAGACGGGGAUAACGAGCUCCAAAAGAAGAAGAGGAGGGGGAAAAUGCUUAAAGUUUGGCCGUGUUGUUAUCUACAAGUGCGACUCCGCAGCAGCAUCAGAAAAUGAGCAGGAAUUAAACGAAGAAUGCAUGUCGUUUGGGAUAUAGCUGUGAUUUUGCAAACAUAUAUCAUCUGCACUUCAUCAGCUCAGCCUAUUACAUCCAAGCUUGAUGACGGUUGGUGGGCAUAUAAGGAUGUUGUCCAGGGGAGCUUUGUUCCAGUUCCAUCCUUCUGGGGUCUGGUGAACUCAGCCUGGAACCUGUGUGCCAUUGGGAAAAGGCAGUCUCCCAUCGACAUCGAAACCAGUCACAUGAUUUUUGACCCGUACCUGACCCCUCUCAGGCUCAAUACAGGAGGACAUAAGAUGGGAGGCACCAUGUACAACACUGGGAAGCAUGUGUCCCUGCGGCCAGACAAAGCCCACCUGGUGAACAUCUCUGGGGGCCCACUGGGAUACAGCUACCGUCUGGAAGAGGUCCGUGUCCACUUUGGGAGUGAAGACUCUCAAGGUUCAGAGCACCUUCUUAAUGGACAGGGCUUUCCUGGAGAGGUCCAGCUGAUCCAUUAUAAUCAAGAUCUGUAUGCCAACUACAGCGAGGCAGCUAAGAGCCCUCAUGGAAUUGCUGUUGUUUCCAUCUUCAUAAAGCACCACACAGUUGCUGGAGAUUGGCCGGCUGUUGGAGGAACUGCCCAAAAAGUGUCGGCGUGGGCCAUGCGGCAACCCUCCAAUUACGAUGCCUUCUUAUUGAUGGGUCUGAACAUAGCUGACCUCUACCCCGACACCACACGUUAUAUCACCUACGAGGGCUCCAUCACCAUUCCUCCCUGCUAUGAGACAUCCACGUGGAUACUCAUCAACAAGCCAGUCUACGUGACACAGAUGCAGAUGCACUCCCUGCGCCUCCUCAGCCAGAAUGAGCCCUACAAGAUAUUCCUUAGUAUGAGCGACAACACCCGGCCCACCCAGCCUUUGCUUCAACGCUGCAUCCGUACCAAUAUCAACUUUAGUAAGCAGGGCCGUGACUGCCCCAACAACCGCGCCCUUCGUCCACAAUACAGAGUGAACCAGUGGCUCCUGAAAUAGAGGUGAAGCUGCAGUACCACAGCUGGAGAGGCAGGAAUCACUGGCGCCCUUUUCCCACUGCCGAACCAAACUGAGAAGAACAAAUGGGACAUGCACUCUAUAAAAAGCACAAAAGCUGCACAUCACUAAAGACAGCUUAAGCAAACUGAUAUUAGCUCAGCUCAAAUGACAAAACUCUAACUGCUACGCUGGCCUCCUACUCAUCCACUGUCUAACAAUACUCAUCAGGGGCCUGCAACGAUGGUACAAAUCAAUACAAAGUGUGAAAUAGACCAUAAGGACUCUGAUGUCUACUGUGUACUGUCUGUUUAUUUGUUUUGUGACAUCACGGCGAUUGAAGUUGCAAUGAUCCAAACAUUUUAUGGCUAAUUUAUAGAUGUGUGGAUGCAGCUAAAAAUGCCAGUUCCUGGGGUUUGGCUGUGAUAAUCACUUAUCAAAUCUGGUACAGAAAGCAAUUAUAAAAAAAACCUCAUUGAUUCACCAGAGGAACUGUUGCAUUUCUAACAUGUCUGUGUAAGUUUUCAGUCAUCCAGGUCAUGGUAGUCUAAGGAGCUUGGUCUUGAAGACAUGUCACCUCUCAUCCGACAAGCUUCUUCAGUUCAUUUUACAUUCCCAAUGAUGAUCGAUACCCCUGCCAUUAAAGAAACCCUCAGCUUUGUUAUGAUGAGACACGAUAACAUGCCUAUCCUGAUAUCAAAUAACGAUUAAAGAUGAUCAUUUUGAAAAGAGAAUUCAGAACUUGUGAAAUGAGGUUACAUAGCUAAAGGGAGGUAGAAGCUGGAUCUCUGACAGUUUACAGACCUGAACAGAUGGAGCCACUGGAGAUUGGAAAGAGAUAGGUCACUCAAUUUGCAUGAUUUUGAAAAUGUUCACUCGUCUUCAUGGUAUUUAAUUAAAAAGCGGAGUCAGAGUUCAUCUCACAUCAAGUCCCUGCUUUUCACAGCGAUGUAUUAAGAGCUGACCUUCCUUCCAUUACUCCAAGAGCAAACAGACUGUUUUCACCAAAGUUUAUUCUGCAAAGAGUACCCUCUGCAAAUUAACCAUUUAGUAAUCCCUGCAUUAAAUAGAAGCUCUUCAAUCAGCCUAGCAACUGUAAUGAGAUAUGUCAAGCCUGUCUGGCUUUGGAUUUGUCCCCCACCCAAAAUGAUGUACAAGGAGUGUGGGGGAGAAAACAAAACAAAACAACAAAAGGUUUUUCUUGUACAGUUGUAACUGAAGUAAAAGCACCACUUUGCAGUCAUUGUAAUUAGGAUUUGGGGAAAGAACAAAGUGAUUCGAGAAGUAUGCAGUUGUGGAUCUAAAGAAAACAUUUGGAAGGGUACCAAGAGAGGAACUCUGUCACUGCAUUAUGGAGUCAGGAGUGGCAAAGAAGUAUGUAAGUCUGGUACUGUGUGUGGGGUAGGAGUCACAGAUUGGUGUGGCUGGAAUUACAUUAGGAAUCAGCUCUGAGUCUCUUCCAUUUCACAGUGGAGAUAGACAGACAGGUUGACAGAUGAGGUAAGGCCAGUCAAGUGUCCAUGAACUGUGACACUUUCAGACUACCUGAUCUAUAGUGAGAGUAAGGAGCAGGUGGAAGGGAGUCUGGACAGGUGGAGGUAUGCUUUGGUGAGGAGAAGAGAAGUAAGAUGGAAUAUGUGUGUGAAGGAGAGGGAGACAGAUGGAAAGGUAAACAGCCAAGAAGCAGAGACAAGGAGGUUAGAUGUGCUUAAAUACCCGGGCUCAGCCAUCUAAAGCAAUGAGCAGUACACAAGAGAGGUGAAGAAGAGUAGAUGGAAACGAGCGUGUUGGGUGAUUUAUGAGCAGGGAUGGCUUACAUGAUGCUAGUGAGAUGUGCUAUGAUGUAUGGUUAGGAGACAGUCGCACUAGCUAAAAGACAGGAGGCCGAGCUGGAGGUGGUAUUGCUGAAGAUGUUAAGGUUUUCAUUUCGAGUGAGAAGAAUAAACAGGAUUAGAAAUGAGGACAUCAAAGGGAAAGCUCAGGUUGAGUUGUUUGGAAACAAAAUUAAAGAGACAAGGCUGAGAGGUUUGGACAUGUGCAGAGGAGGGACGGUGGGUAUAUUGCACAACAGAUGUUGAAUAUGGAGAUUCCAGGCAGGAGGGAUAGAGGGAGACCACAGAGUUGAUUCAUGGAUAUAGUAAACGAGGACAUGCACACAGAUGGUGUGACAGAAGAGGAUGCUAGAGAUAGAGUGCGACGGAGGGAGAUGAUCUGCUGUGAUGACUCCUAAAGGGAGCAGCUAAAAGGAGAACAAAGAACAGCGUGAUGAUGAUGGAAAAACACUAAAUCAGUGUAGUAAAAACACUGAGAAGAGAUGAAUGGGUCAAAAAAUAUAUUAGUCUUGAACACGGGACAAAGCUGAUAGUCGGCGUUAACCGUGACACCAAAGGUUCAUUCUUGUUAUUCAAGUACCUAGCUUACUAAUGCUGCUGUAACAGUACAAAAAAUGCUAUUUCCUUAUUUUCUUCACCAAUAAUCAGGAUAGUGACUAUUUGACUUGAAUUUGUAAGCAUUGUAUCACUUUAACAGUAUGUGGGGAUUUUGAUAUUUAAGUUAAAAAGUCCCACAUUCACAUCAUUAAACGACUCAAUGUGGCAACUGUCAGUAUUCUGGUGCCAUUUCACUUAAGAUUUCCCGCAGUCUUUAUCAAAAUCUUAACUAAAAACAUGAAUGAUACUGUACAGAACCAGUCUGAAGAGUACUGAGUGAGUGAUGAUAAUUUUUUCUUAAAUAUACAGUAUUUUUUUUUUCAA